UAUGGUUGCUAAACUUAUCAACGGAACGGCAAUUGCGCAAGAAGUGCUGGAUGAAGUUGCGGAGAGAUUGAAGAAAACUAGAGCAGAAGUUCCUGGAUUUUCUGUUACCUUAGCUGUAGUACAGGUUGGAAAUCGUAGCGAUUCAACUGUCUACAUAAGUAAAAAGUUGGAGAAGGCAAAGCAGGUUGGAGUUCAAUCAGAGUUGUCAAAACUUGGAACUGACUGUGAUGAAUUUGAGUUGGAAAGUGUGAUUGAGCGAUUGAAUAAUGAUCCUCAUAUUGAUGGAAUAAUUGUUCAACUUCCAUUGGACACUGUGAACAAGAUUGACGUUGAAAAAAUCCUUGACAAAAUUCGACCUGAAAAAGAUGUUGAUGGUUUAACUCGAAUGAAUGUGGGGAAACUGGCGAGAGGAGAGUUGGAUUCUGCAAUUAUUCCUUGUACUCCUUUUGGAUGCCUUCGUUUAGUACAAAAGGCAACAGGUGAUGAAAAUUUUGUUCAAGGCAAACGUGUUGUUGUUUUGGGUCGUUCUAAAAUUGUUGGUGCUCCAGCUGCUGCUCUUUUUACAUGGUAUAAUGGAACGACAACUUUGUGUCAUUCGCGCACUCAAAAUAUUGCGCAAGUUUGCCGAGAAGCGGAUAUACUUAUUGUUGCAAUCGGACAAAAACAAAUGAUCAGGGGUGAUUGGAUAAAGCCUGGUGCUGUUGUUAUUGACUGUGGAAUAAAUGUGGAAGAAUUGAGCAAUGGGAAACGACGACUUUUUGGUGACGUUAAUUUUGAUGAAGCAAAAGAGGUUGCAGGUUAUAUAACUCCCGUUCCUGGAGGUGUUGGGCCUAUGACUGUUGCUAUGCUUAUUCGAAAUACAGUUGAACAGGCAAUUAUCACUAAAUUAAAGUUGGGUCAGACUUCUGACAAAUGGCCCCUUGCUCCAUUGGAAUUGCAUAUCAAAUCACCUGUUCCAUCAGACAUUUCAAUUUCACGUAUGCAAACUCCAAAGCCAAUUGACAGACUUGCAUUUGAAAUUGGUAUCCGUCAAGAAGAACUUGAAGCUUAUGGACAUACAAAGGCAAAAGUAUCUCUUGAAGUAUUGGAGCGUCUUGAAGGAUGUGCUGAAGGAAAAUAUGUUGUUGUUGCAGGAAUUAAUCCGACACCUUUGGGUGAGGGAAAAUCCACAACAACAAUUGGAUUAGCGCAAUGUUUAUCGGCGCAUUUGGGUAAAAAUACCUUUGCGUGCGUCCGCCAACCGUCACAGGGUCCCACGUUCGGAGUUAAAGGUGGAGCAGCUGGUGGAGGUUAUUCUCAAGUUAUCCCAAUGGAAGAAUUUAAUCUACACUUAACUGGCGAUAUUCAUGCUAUAAGUCAAGCUCACAAUUUAAUAGCUGCCGCUUUGGAUGCCAGAAUUUUUCACGAAGCAACACAAUCUGACACAGCUUUAUUUAAUCGAAAGAGACCUCUUUGUGAUGCUCAACGCCGUCGAUUAGUUCGUCUUGGGUUUCCUGAUGUUGAUGACGGUGAAUUGCUGAAUGCGGAACAGCGCCGAUCUUUUUCGCGUCUCAAUUUGGAUGUUGAGGGCGAUGCUAUUUUUUGGAAUCGUGUUGUAGAUUUAAACGAUCGUUUUUUGCGUCGCAUAGAAAUUGGGCAUGGACCGCAAGAGAAAGGACAUGUUCGGAGUUCCGAAUUUGCAAUUAGUGUCUCCUCUGAGCUUAUGGCUAUUCUUGCACUUUGUACAAGUUUUUCUGACUUACGCAACCGAAUUAGACAAAUUGUUGUUGGAAAUGAUCGUGAUGGAAAUUCAGUAACUGUUGAUGACCUUUGUGUUGCGGGAGCAGUUGCAAUACUAAUGAAGGAUACUGUGAAACCGAAUCUGAUGCAAACACUUGAAGGAACACCAGUUUUUGUUCAUGCAGGACCUUUUGCAAACAUUGCACACGGAAACUCAUCAAUUCUUGCGGAUCGUGUGGCUCUUAAGUUGGUUGGCUCUAAUGGAUUUGUGAUUACUGAAGCUGGCUUUGGUGCUGAUAUUGGAAUGGAAAAGUUCUUCAAUAUUAAGUGUCGUUCUUCUGGUUUACUGCCUAAUGCUGUAGUUAUUGUGGCUACCGUUCGAGCUCUAAAAAUGCAUGGGGGUGGUCCUGCUGUUGUUGCCGGAUCUCCGCUUCCUUUUGAAUAUUUGAAUCCAAAUGUUGAGCUUGUCAGAGCAGGUUGUUCUUCUAAUUUGCGUAAGCAAGUUGAAAAUGCGCAGCAUUUUGGUGUCCCUGUUGUUGUAUGCAUAAAUCGUUUUGGAUCCGAUUCUGAAGACGAAUUGGCUGUUGUUGUUGACGGCUGCAAAGAACAAUUUGGCGUUGAUGCCGUAGUUUCUGAACACUGGGCUAUGGGUGGAAAAGGUGCUAUAAAACUGGCAAAAGCACUUAUUAAUGCCUGUGAAAAACCUUCAAACUUUAAGUUUCUUUACUCAUUGGGCGAUCCGAUAGAACAAAAAAUGAGAAUAAUUGCACAGAAAAUCUACGGAGCAAAGGACAUUGAAAUGUCUCCAGAAGCACGUAAAAAGGCGGAACAAUUCUGUCAUCAAGGUUUUCUACAAUUUCCUGUUUGUAUGGCAAAAACACACUUGUCUCUUUCACAUGAUCCAACAAGAAAAGGAGCGCCAAAAGAUUUUAUUCUGCCGAUUCGAGAUGUUCGUCUCUCUGUAGGUGCCGGCUUCUUUAUUUGUAUUGCUGGUGAAAUCGUUCUCAUGCCUGGACUAGCGACGAGGCCUUGCUUUUUCGACAUGGACAUUGAUCCAAUUACGCAAGUGAUAGAUGGUCUAUUCUGA